UGAUGUGAAAUGAUGACUUGGCUCACAGCGUUACAGGUGACUAGAGACGGCUGGGCGCGUCAGGGAGCCGAGGGAGGGGGGGGACCAGAAGGACGGACCUGAAGCCGCGAAGUGCGCUGAUGGAGCGGGCACUGUGAGUUGUAGGUGAAUCCCCAAACCUUGGAGUGCGGCCCGGGACCAGCGCGUCACCUGGAUGACGGGGUAAGAGACAAUGAAGCAACUAGGGACGACGGGGAUAAAACGAGUCCAAGUCACGGGAGUGGAAAAGUGCGCGCGAUGACGGAAGGCGCGAGGGAUAGAGAAGAAGAAAAGCAGAGGGAAGUUAUCUAGCUCAUUAGUAGGGAUCCCGGUGCUGGAAACAACACUGAAUUAAAGACGGAACAAAUGUGCCAGGAGUGCGCAAUCCUGUAAACAAAUCAACUGGGGGAAGCCGAUUUUCUUUUUCAAAAGACAAGACUUAAGACAGAAAUGGAGCAAAUCAUGGAGCCGCAAGGGACCAGCGAGGGACCAACUAGUAAUUUGGCACAAUCCGCCGCCUCCAAACUGUCCCAGAUGGGUGAAAGAACUAAACAACUCGGCAAUGUGAUCCAAGACCCAGAUCGGCAGAAACGGAUUAUUCUUGUAAUAGUCUGUACGGCACUUUUGUUAGACAACAUGCUUUACAUGGUCAUUGUGCCAAUCAUACCCGAUUUCCUCGAAGAGCUGCAGAGAGAAGCGGAUCGUGCCGAAGCCGCUGCACCGCACACCAACCUCACUAACGGCACCAUCCACACAACAACCAAGGGGAACUUUGACCUACAGAUUGGUGUUCUUUUUGCCUCAAAGGCCAUCCUACAGCUUCUGGUGAACCCUCUAAGCGGCACGUUCAUAGAUAGGGUCGGGUAUGAUAUUCCCCUCUUCAUUGGUCUCAAUGUCAUGUUUCUGUCCACUCUUACUUUUGCCUUCGCUGAAAAUUACGCGACUCUGUUCCUGGCGCGCAGCAUGCAGGGCUUCGGCUCGGCUUUCGCCGACACCGCGGGGAUCGCCCUGAUCGCAGACAGGUACACGGAGGAGAAAGCGAGGAGCAAAGCACUGGGCAUUGCCUUGGCUUUCAUCUCCUUUGGAAGUCUCGUGGCGCCCCCAUUUGGAGGGGUCCUCUACGAGUUCGCCGGGAAGCGGGUGCCCUUCCUAAUUCUGGCCUGCGUCUGCCUACUCGAUGGUAUAUUGUGCCUGACUGUGCUGAAACCUUUCUCUAACCGAGAGAGAGAAAACAUGCCGGUGGGCACCCCCAUGCAUAAACUGAUGAUUGAUCCCUAUAUAGCUGUAGUGGCUGGUGCUUUAACAAUUUGUAACAUCCCUCUCGCCUUUCUUGAACCCACUAUCGCCAACUGGAUGGAGGAAACCAUGCAUGCCAGCCAGUGGGAGAUCGGCAUGACAUGGUUCCCUGCCUUCUUCCCUCAUGUUUUAGGCGUAUUUCUCACAGUCAAAUUAGCAGCCAAGUACCCUCAUCUGCAGUGGUUUUACGGGGCAAUUGGUAUGGUGUUCAUAGGUGCAAGCUCCUGCACCGUGCCAGCGUGCAAAACCUUCGGUCAGCUCAUGCUUCCGUUGUGCGGAAUCUGUUUUGGCAUCGCCUUCGUGGACACGGCGCUCCUUCCAACUCUGGCUUUCCUGGUGGAUGUGCGACACGUGUCAGUGUAUGGCAGCGUGUAUGCCAUCGCAGACAUCUCUUACUGCGUGGCCUAUGCCCUAGGACCAGUGGCGGCUGGACAAAUAGUGCACGACCUGGGCUUCGUCCAGCUCAACUUGGGCAUGGGCCUCGCCAAUGUACUUUACGCACCGGCGCUCCUUCUGUUGAAGAACGUGACGCAGAUGAAACCUUCGUUCUCCGAGCGAAAUAUGCUGCUGGAGGACGGCCCAACGGGACUGUACGACACGAUCAAAAUGGAGCAGCGAGAGAAGAAGAGAAAGGGUUUGUGCACAACAUUAGACGAGAAUGGCAUUGAAACCUUCGCGCAACGGUCGUAUUCUGAGGAGGAAUCCUCAGGAGGAGAGUAUGCGUAAAUGGCCCUUAAUUGGGUGUAAAAGUAUCAAAGUGCCCAUGUAGACUUGUGUGCAUCUAUUCUGAUCCAAUCAAUCGCAUAACACGAUUAGGAUUGUGCAAUUAUUUACAGCUUCUGGUUGACAAUUCCUCCGGGUGCUGUCACAUCGAGUAGCUUCAAGCUUUUGCAGUAAAGGCGCUCGUUGGCGUUUGUUCGUCUUAACGUGAGAGUAUUGUGAAAGAUUUGUUGAGGUAAAUGUGCAUUAAUUACCAGUGUUUAUGACUGUAUCAGAAACGGACUCAUAUUCAGGGAUUGUGAGUAAAUGUAUUUUAACAAAAGAACAAUUAUGGUUUAUGCGUCUUUCAAUGUGAUAUGUAUUCAUUUUGCCUGAGUUGUGCUGCUAAACUCAAUAUGCAAUACUGUGUGUUACACGACAGUUUUAGAAAGAUACAACGAUGAAAAUGAACUGAAAUCUGCGUCUUGUUGUCUGAUUAUUCUUUUUCUUUUCAUCUUGGACGAUGAACUUGUGGAAUGCAUAGCCUCGUUGAGUGAUCUGCGACUGUACAUACAUGUAAAUAAUUAAAUCAAUAUUAUGUGAA